AUGUACCUCAUCUCCAGACUCGACAAGCGGCAGUCACAGAUGCCACCUCCAGACUCGCAGGAUGGCUCACAGACGGCCAAUGACAGUAGAAUGCCAAACUAUGUGUGGGCUGUUGUCGUCUUCUUCGUCCUAGUCGGUGUCGUCGCCUGUUUCUACGCUCAGAGAAACCAUCGAAGAAGAUAUCUGCUACACCAAGCCGCACUCGGACAAGGUCAUGGACCGGGUCUUCACUCGCAACGACCCGAUCGUACAUGGAUACUUGAUACAGCCGCUGUAGCCGCCGGAAUUCGUCGACCGGUGCGUGCUGCGCGACCCAAUCUCGGAAGACGAGGAAGCCAGGCUUCUAUUACCUCCUUACCGGUAUACAUGGAGAAUGCCGGUGCACACGAAGUCGUAUUGAUGCAACGUACUGCGCCAAAAGAGAUUGAAGCAGCAGACGAACGUGAUCGAGCAGUCGAUUCUCGACCAUCUUCCAUGGCGCAUUCUUCGCCUACGACGACGCUUCCCGUCGUUUCCAUCGUUCCACCUCCUGCGCCAUCGUCGAUAGUGCCGCAGUACCAACCACCUUCCUCACCACCGCCAUCAUCAGUAUCAACGCCUCCACCAGAUACUUCGUCCCAUCCUUCACCUCCAACCGAGUCGUCCUCGUCCCCGUUACCGGCAAGGGAAGAAGCGACUGUGACGUCGCAGUCGGUACCGGUUGCUGGUUCAUCUGCUCCUUCAGCUCAUCCACCAUUCAUCAAUCCCACCCCAUGA